AUGAAUUCUAUUCUAAUUGAAAACAAUGAACAGGAAACGGAGAUUUGUUUACCAGAGAAAUCCGCUCAAUUUCAAGCAAUGAUUUACGAUGAGGUUAGACCUAUUAGUGGUAAGAGACGUAGAGAAGACGAUGAGGAAGAAAGAACCAGCCAAGAUCCCACACAACAUUUUUCUCCUAAAGUAUAUUGGAAUACCAACUUAUCUAAAUCUGUUGCAGAAAGGCGCCUAGCUCUUGCUUUAUUUAGGAAAAACCCUACUCCUGAUAACUAG